AUGAAACGGAGAAGGCAAAUGUUGUUUCAGAUGUGCAAAGAUCAGAAUGAAACCAUACCACCAGAGGCACCAACUAAAGUGAAACAGCCCAUUCCAAACAGAAUCUUUGUCGAAGACAUACAUGAAAUAAUCCUGUGUCCCAUGGCAAAAGCAGCAAGUAAAACCUGGUUGAAGAUAUAUUUCAAACUAAACAAGCAGAUGAACACUUCUGCCUUACAUAAUGACUGGAUUCCAAAGCAUGCGAUACGUGUGCAUAAACUUAACAAGUACACCGACUUUGGUAUCACCACACGCCUUAACACCUAUCUUAAAAUAAUGACAGUCCGUCAUCCUCUGAUCCGUCUCGUGUCGGUGUAUCACGAACAAGUGGCGCCUCCUGGAUCUCAGUAUGAGGGGGAUGUGAAGCGCUUUAUCGCGAAGACAGAAGGGAGAAAAAUUCAGUCUGUUUCAUUUGAAGACUUCCUGCGUUACGCCAUCCAAACUCCAAAUAUGCACUGGGAUCCAUUCAAAAAAUUUUGUGAUCCGUGUUAUAUAGAUUAUGAUCUGUUGGUAUAUUUCGAAACUAUGGAAGACGACGCCAAAAACACGCUGAUUCUUUUGGGUGCAGACGACAUGAUCAAACUUCCUCCUUCACAUCGUGCAGAUAAAAUGUCGGCUGACGAUGAAGCUCGAAAACAUUAUGAUGGUGUUCCCCGCGGUAAGAUCAUCGUCCUGGAGAUCCUCACUCUGGACAUCACGUGGGACCAGGAGAAGUGGCUGUGUCAAGACUACGUGGAGGUCAGGUACAGGGCUCACCUCUCCGAGACCGGGGGAAGGUUCUGCGGGACGACCCUGCCCAGUACUCCUGUAUACUCAUACACCAAUGAAAUGUUGAUAUUAUUCCGCACAUUCAAAGGCGGUGGAUACGGGUUUACAGCAAGAUACCGAACUGAGUCAUGUGGGGGUUGCGCAGAUCCAAUACGAGAAGAGCAGCACGCAUGUUAUAGGAAAGAAACAGAACAGUGCCAAGAAUCGUGGGAGGAGGAGGAAUAUUUGAAAUGCUCUUCGUUCUUCGGCAAUGUGGGAGAGCCGUGUGGUCUACGGCAUGUGCGAAAGCAACGAAACAUGACGUGUCACGUGGACAGACCAUACUGUUGCCAGGGAUUUGCUCUUGAGAAUAAAAAGUGUGUUGCUGUAAGACCUGCUCGCGCUAUACAAGACAGCCCAAGCGAGAAUUACGGCGCCGUUACCAUGCCAACAAUGUCUUUACGACAGUCGACACCGAAACUUGGCGGGAGUUUUGAGUCUUCGGACGAAAGAACCACGUGGCCGUGGAGUGGGUGGUCGGAGUGGGUCUGCUCUAAGCCGUCUUGUGGCUGCGGGACGGCUACGCGCACGCGCACUUGUCUACAGCCGGGUCACAGGAGUUGUGGUGGACAACACAGUCAGACAGAGAGGCGAGCCUGUAGUAACAGACCAUGUUAUUGCUCUGUAAAAGCUCCCACUUACUAUCCUUGUCCAGGGACCCAUUACUUCGGUAGGACUAACAUGUGUGUAGGCUAUACCACCCAGAAGAAGGUGUGUCCGCAGGCAGAGCAACAGUGUUGCCCUGGUCAAUCACAGAUCGGUUCCGUGUGUUCUCCGUGGAAGUAGGCGGAGCAAUAGAUGUCACCGUUACCAAUCACAGCGUAGUACGUUGUUUUCUCCGUAGAGGAAGCAUUAGGGGUGGAAGCCUUGGCACCCUAUCUAGUUGAUGCUCAUUAUUUAUUAUCCCCGGGCAAUGAGAUAAGAAAAUCAGGUGACACUAUGCUCGUCCAACCUGAAGUGACAAUGUGUCCGAGGAUUUAACCGUUAGAAUUUCUUAAGAAGAAAAGAAGAGAAAUGUCAAUAUAAGUGACAAAUCAUGCCACGAUGCGACACCGCACGGCCAUGUGCAUGGCGUCAUUUUCCGAGGAAGUCUUAUCCGUAAAUGGCAGAGGAAAUAGGGGCAAGAGAUGGACAAGGCAAAGACAUUUGAAUAACGGAAGUGAACAGUUUUGAACCUUUGGAAGUUCAAAGUUCACAUCCUGUGUGUUCUUCAUAAUGAUUACACAUACUUAGGUGUACCGUUGUUCAUAAGAGCAGAGUUGACCACUCCAAGAACAGCACUUCUUCACCAAGAUAAGAGUCUAACAUGUUAGCCGCAAUCCUCCAGAGGACAAAGGGAGCGGUUGUUCAUUAAUUUGACUCAUGUAUCUUUUGAAUAUUUAAGUAUUAGCGCCAGAAUCACUGUGAUUUUGUUGUGUCACAUUUCCAAGAAUCUGGACACACACCUCGCCCACCGAACGUUCUCUAUUCUGGUUGGCUAUUUCCAAGCGCGGUUGGGUCGCGUUGUUCUAAAAAAUGUACAAGCUUUCAUAAGUAAAGAGUACAAUUGAAUAAUGUCCUAAGAGUACUAUUCUAAAUCAUAUCUGGGUAAGUUAGAGAUGUGUCUCGGGGCGUGCGAUUUGUUAAAAAUCAGUCCUAAAAUAAAUUAUAAGGUAUGUGAAACGCAUAAGCUGUUAGGGAAUCUGAUAUGCGGGAUUAACUUGUAGCUACAUUACGUCAUGUUUACGUCAUGAUGACAUCACAACAGCAACAUGACGUCCUAAUUAUCCUACAUACCCGUGUGACUCAAAAUUAAAAAGUAUUGGACUUGUUUAAUCACGGAAAAUUACACAUAUCAUUAAUGGCAGAACUGUGUCAACGUGUCGGGCAGACGUAUUUUUGAAUCAUUGACUGGCAAUCUUAAAGGGAUUAUCAUCCAGAUAAGUUUUAAGUGAAAUAGAAAAGUGCGUUCUCCUGAUUAUUUAAUAUCAUGCGUUAUUUAUAUGAAUUAAAAUGUGUGGUUAAAAGACGUUGUAUUUGUGCAUUAAAAGAAAUGAAGGUGAAUCAGGAAUUUUUUUAUUGUAAGUUAUUUAAAGCUCGUGUAUGAAGAUCACGUUUGUUUUUAUUGAGGCCUAUACAAGGGGCGAUUUCAUCAUUUAAGUUUGCAAGACAUGAAAAAAGGAGUGCGGGGUAAAAGUUUCCUGGUGAACAAAAUAAAUUUGCAGAUGGGCAACUUCUUAAUAAUGUAUUCCACAUAGAAAUACGUUUUUGGAGUUAAGUUUGCAUUGUCUUCGUUUGUGAGAAAAAACAUCAGAUUGUUUAUACCGAUUAUACAGACUAUACGUAUCUUAGUCCGAGUUUCAAUUCCGAUGUUAACCAUUUUCUUUAUAUUCAGACCCCCAUAAUCAUACGCUUAUAAGGCUAUGACAUCAAGCAGCGUUUUGGUUCAAGUUUGCAGGGCCAACUGCAAAUGAUGCUUUCAUCACCAAGGUUCAUGAGGUCAAACGUGUUAGUGGCGUGGCAAAUUUGAACGCACGCCGUUGAGGGCAAGAGCCCGAUACACGUGCGCACAUGGGGAGCUGAAAAUGAAGACCUUGGCUUGUACUGGGCUUGGAUUUAAGAGUAAUUUUAUCGGAUGUUAGGACGGGUUGAUGACGUUUAUGGUCUUUCAUUACAUGCGUCAUGCCUUUGUUGUUAUAGGAAAUUGAUGUCUUACAGAAUUACGAAAAGCGGAAGCUUUUGAAGUUAAAGGCGAAUAUGUGCAAUAAGUGUAAUAUAAUCCAACUGAAAAAAAAAACAGUAAUAACUUCCACCAAAAAUUCUGCUUUGUUAAAAAGUUACAAUGUUGUUAACCAUGACAUUCUAUGUGAAAAUUUCAAAUGUUAUUGUUCAUGUUAUAUUGUACUCAAAUUAUUUUAUUUAAUUAAGUGACAAGUUUAUGUCUCAGUAAGUACUUGCAAAUGUGAAAUGAUCAAAGCAUUUAUUGAUUAAGUCUCUCUCUUUAUUAUUUAAUUGGAUAGUGUAAAUAUUUAUAAAGUGUAUAUAAGAUUCCACGCGAGAGAUGAAUAAACAACUUUGUUUAAUGUUUCUUCUUCAA